UUUGGAUCGAAUCGCAUGGAUGGAUAUCUAUAGAUACAAGUGAACACGCGUUGCAUUGUUUAGUAGGAGUCAUGAAGUCCCUACUGCCAAGUGUAGCUCACAAGAUAGGGACUGCAAUCAAGAAUAUAGCAGAGAACAAAAGCUCGAGCUGGUGGUACACCCCUCACGCCGCCGCCGCCGCCCAUGCCAUUUCAGAGAGGAUACCGCUAGUCGAUUUCAUUCUUGAAGUCCGGGAUGCUAGGAUCCCUUUGUCAUCAAAAUUCAAACUGCUGAAAAAGCAUGCAACUUCCACCAGGCGAAUUAUAGUUUUGAACAAAACAGAUCUUGCAAGUCGCUCACAGCAAUGGAUGGAUUAUUUUGAAGGACAGGAUGAUAUAGCAUUUCGAGUCAAUUCUCAUAAUAGAGAUAGUAUAAAGGAGUUCUUGACUUUUCUGCAAGCUAGAGUAAGAGAACUAAUAAAUACCGGUUAUUCUCGACAUACUAUAACACUAAUGCUUGUUGGUAUUCCUAAUGUUGGGAAAUCUGCACUUGCAAACUCAUUGCAUCUGAUUGGGCGAAUUAGUGCCGCAGAGAAGGGAAGACUAAAACAUGCUGUGGUAACUCCUCAGCCUGGGGAGACUAAAAACAUUAGCAGUUUUAAGAUUGCUAGCCAUCCUAAUAUUUAUGUGCUGGACACGCCGGGUAUUUUGCCACCUCAUAUCCUGGAUGCUGAGCUAUGCUGCAAACUAGCUCUUACAGUAACUAGUCUCUCCAUGGUAGUGACCCGUUCUCAAUCAAUUUCUCAGAUUGGGGGUUCUCUUUCAGGUGCAAUCCAAGAAUGUUUAGAUGGUGAAGUAGAGCUUGCUCAGUAUUUUUUAGCAAUCCUUACCACGAGUGAUGAAUUCAAGAAAUGGGCAAAAUUGGGUGGCAUUGAGAAAGACAUGUUAGUUGUAACUGCUACUGAUGGCGAAUUUGACUUGGAGAAAACACAUAAAAUGAAGCAUUGUGUGACAGAUCACACGCAG